CUAUUCAAGGCCACCCUGGCCUCCCUAUCACGCGCUCGCACGCAGACAAACACUCACUCCCACCCUCGCCUCUAACACACACACACACACACUUAACUGUGAGCUCUUUCUGGAGAUCCGGAUUCAUUUAUUUCGAUUCAUUAAGAUUUUGUCGCGAUCCAACUUCGUUGCUGAAAUCUACGCCGUUUUAUUUGUUAAAUAAGACCUAUGUGACAAAACAAGAAAGCUAAUGUGGAAUCACGAAGAUUUAUCAUCAUCAGUGUGCAGAGAAUAAAACAACACUGAGAUUUAUUCAAAAUGCCUCCAUCAAGUAAGGCUGAUAAGAAAGCAGCAAUAGAUGCUGCAGCAUGGAUGUUCAACAUCGUGACUUCUGUUGGGAUCAUCAUUGUAAACAAAGCAUUAAUGGCCACAUAUGGUUUCACUUUUGCAACAACAUUGACAGGAUUGCAUUUUGUAACUACCACCUUGAUGACCCUUGUUCUUAGGUGGCUGGGCUACAUCCAACCCUCACAUCUUCCCACUUCAGAACUUUUAAAGUUUGUCCUGUUUGCUAACUUCUCCAUUGUUGGAAUGAACGUCAGUCUAAUGUGGAACUCAGUAGGAUUCUACCAGAUAGCAAAGCUGAGUAUGAUCCCAGUAUCAUGUUUAUUUGAAGUUACAUUCGACAAGAUUCGAUAUUCACGAGACACAAAGCUGAGUAUUUUGGUUGUUCUUCUUGGUGUUGCUGUCUGCACUGUUACAGACGUGAGCGUUAAUGCUAAAGGUUUUGUUGCUGCUUUCAUUGCAGUAUGGACUACAUCUCUCCAACAAUACUAUGUUCAUUAUCUUCAAAGGAAAUACUCUUUAAGCUCUUUCAAUCUGUUGGGACAUACAGCACCUAUCCAGGCUGGAUCCCUUCUACUUGUGGGCCCGUUUCUUGAUUACUGGUUAACAGAAAAGAGAGUCGACAUGUUCAAAUAUGAUCUUUCCUCUAUGGUUUUCUUGGUGUUAUCUUGUACGAUUGCAGUAGGGACGAAUUUGAGUCAAUUUAUCUGCAUAGGGAGAUUUACAGCAGUGUCGUUUCAGGUGCUAGGGCAUAUGAAAACGAUACUUGUGUUGAUUUUAGGUUUUAUAUUUUUUGGGAGAGAAGGGUUGAAUGUUCAUGUGGUGGUGGGGAUGAUUAUAGCGAUAUUGGGGAUGAUUUGGUAUGGGAAUGCAUCGUCAAAACCUGGUGGGAAAGAGCGUCAUGCACAUUUGCUUCCUAAAACGAAUCAGCAUCAGAAAUAUGGGUCAACGGGAAUAUUGGAGACUGAAGAAACAAGUGAUAAGGUCUGAUUAUUGGAUAGAAUUAGAAUGAUAAUUUUUAGUUAAUACCCGGAAUUUGUUUUGAUUAACUUAUUACUCAUUAUUAUCAUAUUCUUGGAAAUCGUUUGUUGUUUUCGUAUAUGUUUGUUUAUAUGGAGAUCUUUGUGAUA